AUGAGCAGUCAAGAUGAUAUGAAAGAAUUGAUUGAACUAUUUAGGUUCGAGAAGAUAUUGAAUUCUAAUCCUCAGAAUAAACUUAUCACUGUUUUGGGUAAGAUUAAUGGCGAGAAUGCCAUUGUUCUUUUGGAGAAAUUACAUUUUCAAUCAAUUUCAGAUGAUGAAAACUCAAUAAGUUCAUUAUCUUCAUCAGUUAAGCAAUUGUUCCAUAACGACGUUUAUUUUAAUGGCGUUACUGGACAAGGUGAUGGUUCAAAUAAUGGAUUUAAUGAAUUGAAAGUGAAUCUUAUUUAUCCGGCUACUGAAACUCAUAUUCAGAAACAAUUAGAACAACAACAUCAUAUGAUUAAAGAAACACCAGAGAUGUAUAAAAAUGUUGUAAAACCUUAUAUUGAAAGCAUGUUUGCAGCUGGAAGGUUGAAAUGGGUUGAAAACAUUUUAUAUAAUGGUGCUGAAAGCGAUCGUGUAGUUUAUCAAGAUGAUGAUAUGGUCAUUUUACCAGAUAUGAAGUGGGAUGGUGAAAAUAUGGAUGCAUUCUAUCUAGUAUCUAUAUUGAAAAGAAAAGAUAUUCUAUCCUUACGUGAUAUUAAUAAGAAUCAUUAUGAAUUUUUAAACGGAAUCUCUGAAAGAAUCAAGGAUAUUAUUCCAAAGAAGUAUAAUAAUGAAAUAAAAAGUGAUCAAUUACGUAUAUUUAUUCAUUACCAGCCAUCUUAUUACCAUUUCCACAUCCAUAUUGUUAAUAUUAAACAUUUGGGUCUAGGUAAUGGUAUAGUUGCAGGGAAAGCAUGGUUAUUAGACGACAUUAUAGAUCAACUUUUCCAUUCUAACGCUGAAUUCAGUUUCGAACAAAGAACUUUGAGCUAUGUCAUUGGUGAAAACCAUGAAUUAUGGAAAAGAUUUAAUGAAAGCAAUCAAUUGGCAUGA